CAACAAUUUCACGCACAGACUUGUUUGACGAACACGCAUCAUCAGAGCCAGUGACCGCUGUGUUGGGGUGUUGUUGUCUUCCUUUCCUUCUGCCUUCCUUCCCUUGCCUUGUCCUCCUGUGCUGUUCUCGGUGUCAUGUCGCGGAGUGGGGAUUUGACGGCGAUUGUGCUGGACGUUGGCCCGUCCAUGAGCACGAAGCUGUCCUCGGGCAAGUCGCACCUUGAGACCGCCGUCAAGGCCAUCGAUCUCUUCGUCCAGCAAAAGGUUCUGCACACGAAGAAGGAUGAGGUGGCGCUGAUUACGUUUGGCGACAAUGAAACAGACAACCCGCUCGCCAGCGACGGCGAGUACCAGCACAUCUGCGUGCGGCGCACCCUCACCUCGCCAGACCUCGAUCUUCUCCGCUUCAUCGAAACAGAGAUCCAGCCAGGCGAUCAACCCACAGACUUUGUGGACGCGCUUGUGGUUGCGCUGGACUGCCUGAUCACGGGCGGGGAGAAGAAGAAGGGCGACAAGAAGAUCUACAUGUUCACGGACGCAGGGUCCCCCGUCAAUGACAGCUCGCUCGACCAGAUUAUCGACGGCAUGAAGGCGCACGGCAUCGAUCUCCGCGUCAUUGGUGUCGGCAUCGACGAGGACGGAGACGAAGACGACGAGUCUGUCGCCCACAUGACGCAAACGCAGAAGGAGAAUGUGCAGAUUAUCAAACGCAUCGUGGACGCCGUUGAGGGCGAGAUCCCCGUGUUUCUGUACACGGAGGAGAAGCGGGAGCCGCGACCAACGCUCAAGAAACUCUCAGCACUCGUCGACCUCGACCCAACGGACGCGGACUCUGCGAAAGUUGAGCGGGAGGUGACAUAUCACAAGCUGGACGAGGACGAAACAGAGGUGCCUGGUGAGGAGCGCAUCAAGGGCUACCGCUACGGGCGCACAAUUGUGCCGUGGGAAAAGAUGCACGAGGAGAACCUCACGCUCAAGCCCGACAAGGAACUCUCAGUCAUCUGCUUCACCCACCAGGACAACGUCCCGCGCCACCACCAGCUUGAGCCGCUGCUGUGCGUGCUGCCGGCCCACGACGACGAGGACGCUGCGCGCGGGAUUGCGUGUCUGGCGCAGGCGCUGCACGAGAUGGAGUCGGUCGCCAUUGUGCGAUACGUCUUCAGGAACAAGGCCGCCCCAAAGCUCGGCAUGCUCUUCCCGACGAUCAGCGAGGAGUACAAAGGCCUGUACUACGUGUCGCUGCCCUUCCGUGAGGACAUUCGGCCCUACGAGUUUGCGUCGCUCGCAAAGAACAAAAACGCGGACUUUGACAAGGAGCAGCGCGCCGCCGUGGAGGAUGUCAUUGCCAGCAUGGAUCUCAUGAAGGGCUACGUCGACGAGGACGGCGAUGAGGUGGAGGCGUACGAGCCAGAAUACACCUUCAACCCGGCCAUCCAGAUGUUCUACCAGGUGACAGCGCCCGACGUGUCACAGUUGGAUGCAGACAGUUUCCUCUCUGCCACCGCCCCUGCGGCCUCCGCCUCCAUCACCGCUGCUGACGACGACGAAGAGGAAGACCUGUCGCCGUGGUGGUACUUUUGUUCAAAGGACCGUAUGUUUGUGGUCGUUGUGGGCGCGUUGUCCACAGGCCAAUCCAUGCUCUACCUGCUGCGAACGCGCAGCACCGCCAUCACUGUGUCCCUCACCACUGCUUCGCUCUGCUUGGAUCUGUCUCUGCUUGUGCAGCUGGAUGAGCUGUAA